UAUCUGUAUUUGAGGCCAUGUAAUGUUUAACAGAGGAAAACAGCAGUGUGAGUAAAGCAACAAGAAAGAGCACAAUCCAUGCAAGUGCAGGACCUUCUGAAUGCAAUUAGUUGAAAAGUAUGAUGAAGGCCAUCCUCCUGCUAUACUUGCUGUUGGCCGUCCUUUACCCUGCAGUCCCCAGCAUGAGACAGACUGACCAUCACAAUGAAAAGCCCAAGGUAACUCACCUCCAUGAGCAGCAUCCUCAUGAGGCAGAUUCUCUUGCUUUCUCCCAGCAUAUAAUACCCAGCAACACAGACUUUGCCUUCAGGUUUUACAGGCAAGCAACUGUCCAAGCACCUGGCAAGAAUGUUUUCUUCUCUCCAGUCAGUGUCUCUGCUGCCUUUGCCCUGCUGGCCCUGGGCUCCAGAGCCACAACCCAGGCUCAGCUGCUGGAGGGGCUGGCCUUCAAUCUCACCAACAACAGGGAGGAGGAGAUACACCGUGGCUUUCAUCAUCUCCUUCUCUUGCUGAACCGUCCUGGCAGACAGGUGGAGCUAAGCAUGGGAAAUACCUUGUUUGUGGACAAACACCUGGAGCCACUGACAACAUUUCUGAAGGACAUAAAAAAACUGUACAAAGCAGAAAUUAUUUCUAGUAACAUUCAGAAUUCUACUGAGGCUAAAAAAGAGAUCAAUGAUCAUCUAAAAAACAAAACCCAUGGGAAGAUAAAUCAAAUACUUAAAGACCUUGAUCCAAACUCUUUAAUGGUACUUGUUAACUAUAUUUAUUUCAAAGCCUACUGGGAAAAUCCUUUCAAUAUGAAGGGGACUCACACGGAUUAUUUCUAUGUGAAUGCAAAGACCUUGGUUGAAGUGAAGAUGAUGAUUCGAGAUAGCUUUUAUGACAUAUAUUCUGACAAGAAGCUGUCAUGCAAGGUGGUGAGGAUUCCUUACAAGGGAAAUGUUUCAGCAUUGUUCAUUCUGCCCAAUGAAGGAAAAAUGAAAUGGCUGGAGGAUGGUCUGAUGAAAGACACAGUGUCUAAAUGGGAAAAAUCACUUGAAAGACGGAGGAUGGAAGUGCAUAUUCCAAAAGUAUCCAUUUCUGGCACCUAUGACUUAAAGAAGAUAGUCAUGAAUCUGGGUGUAACAGAUGUGUUUUCUGACCAGGCUGAUCUGUCUGGAAUCACAGGAAAGUCCGAUCUGAAGGUUUCAAGAGCUAUUCACAAGGCUCUGCUGAAUAUUCACGAGAAUGGCACAGAGGCUGCAGCAGUCACUGGCACAGAGUUUGCUCCUCAUUCUGUUCCUCCUGUUAUAAAGUUCAACCGUCCAUUUUUGCUGUUGAUUGUUGAUCAAUACACUCAAAGUAUCCUCUUCAUAGGAAAAAUUGUAAACCCACUGAAAAAUGAUUGAUUAGUGACAGGUCUUAUUGAUUUGAAUUGCACUUUAUGCAUUAAUAGUCUGAUGUAAUUAACAUUAUAUCAAAUCUUUUACUAAUAAUUUUAUUUUUUCUAAAAAUAAUCAAGACAGGAAUGUAGUCAUUCUUAAAAUCACCGUUCUUGCUCCCUCCAGUGGAAAGCAACUACCAUGAUAUGCUCACCAGUGACUUACGAAGUAGUGUAUACAUCAGUCUUCUAAUGACUAAUACAUGCUAUCAUUGAAAAAUAAGGUAAGUAUCCAGCUGAGAGAAGCAGUUUAAAACCUGUUCAGUAUGUAAUGAAUGAAAAAGCAGGCUGCUACUGAGUAGUGAGUAGGAAACUAGGAAAAUACUGUUGUUUUCUCCAGCUGUCUGCAGUACUUACCAGGUCCUGGCCCUGGAGAGAUGACGUGGAAAUUUAGAAUAUAAAUGCAGUCCACCUAGGGAUAUCUUAGGUUUUCUCUUUCAUGUGGAUCUUAUUGAUAGGAAAAAGUCAUCAUGUAUUUGCAUGAGAAAAUGAUUGCUUGGCACUCUGAGGAUGUCUGUACAAAUCUGACAUCUCCUUAUGUAGGCUGAUGAAUCCAAGGUAGUGUCAAAAUUCAGAGUCAAAUCUUGGCACUUAUGAGGGGCUGGAGCACCAAGAAAAGAAACACCUGCUAACAAACACAGCCAGACUUUUGUGAUAUCAGCCUGACUCCAUCUCUGUUCCACCUUUUGCAUUCAGCAGCAGCAACUAUUUGAGAAGCGUUAAAUACAGUUAUCUUUCUCAGUGUAUUGUUCCUCAUUUUCUUAAAGUUUGACUCUACAGAUCAUGAAGGCAAUUUGAAAUUAGAAAAGUUCCUUUGUGGAACUUGACCUUUCUAAGGCAACUGCUACCCAUCACACCAAUCUUUGUAAUCAGAGCAUUUGACUUAGUUACAGGAUAUUCAAGAAUAUUCAUGUUUGCAAUCCUCCCUUGCCUGAAGACAGACAAUCCUGUGUCUCCAACAUUCUAAUUAAGCUGAAACUGCAAGAGUUAGCAUUAGAUCUGGAGUGCUGUUAAGGAUAUUUUCCUGGAGGAUAGAAAUCCAUGUCUGCUCCUCCCUGAGUGGAGGAUGGCUUAAUGUUGAGUUUGGCAAAUAAAUCCUGAUGAACACUACAAAGAGUGCUGUUGAAUGGAUGGUGGAUGAAGCAAUGAUAAUCUGAAACAUUGGUAUGGGCUUCUAGGAAAAAGGAGAUGUAACUUCAAAUUAUAGGGUGGGAGGAUAGUGAUCAUUCCCUUGCAGACACUGGAAGGACAAGUUUUUUGCCAUGCUCUCAGUUAGAGCAUUUGUAGCUUGUGGUAUGAAUGCCCAGAGCUGCCAGCCUUGUGUUGUGUUCUUCAAGUUUACCUUUAAGGCAGUGAACCCUUGACAAGCAUCCUAAUGGAAGCAGUGACUAAAACAGACACUCAAAAAAUGUUACUUGCCUUGCUAUAUAGCUUUAAACCUCUGGUUCAUCAAGAAAUAAUAGUUCAGAAAGGAUAGGUUAUGAAUACCUGGAAGAGUGUUCAUACUCGUAUCCCAGAGUUUUUACCUAUGUUUGUAAAUAAAAUGCUCUGAGGUCUGUACUCCAGUCCUGGGUUUGACUGCCUCAACACAGCUCACUUCCAUGUUGUCUAACUCCGACCCUACAAGACACAAGGGAUGUUUACUGGAAAUAACAUUUUGUUUACAUUAAGUCUCCCAGAAACACCCAUGAUAAGUCUGGAAAGAUUGCAGCUGUCAUGAACAAUACCUGCAUCAGGAACUGUGUUAAAUACGUAAGAAAAUGAGUGGUUGUAGGUUGAUGGUCAGGCCUGUGCUCUAGAAUUACCUGAUAUAAUGAAGCCUGAAUAACAAAGAGGAAUGUGAACCCUCCUCUGUUAUUAAGCCCUAGAAGCUCCUGCCCAGCAUGUGACAUUUCUCUGAAUGCUACUUAGUCUCUAGUCAAGUUGAAAGGCCUUCACCAGCUACUUGCAAAAAAUAAGGUGGCCAGGGACUGUCUUUCCAUCUUUGGAACAAACAAUCAGUUCAGGAAAAGAACUGAUCUUUGAAACAAAUGCAAGCCAAAAACUGUAGAACUACAUGCAUUUGCUAUACAUGUAUCUUGGUGCUUUCUUCUGACCAGUGCUUUGAUUCUACUGCCACAUUAAAUGCAUGGAUAUUUUCAAAAUGCUUCCAAACGGUUGGAAAGGACCUCAAAAAUCAUCCAGUUUCAACCCCCCUGCCAUGGGCAGGGUCACUAUCCACUAGACGAGGCUGCCCACGGCCACAUCCAGUCUGGGCUUGUCCAGGGAUGGAGGUAUGAUCACCUGAAGUGAAAUUUCUGUUAUGUGAAAUAGAAUCACACUCUGGUAAUAAAACAACCCUAUUUCCUUCUGGGAUUCUGCACAGAAGAAAACAAUGGUGUUAUUUGAUCUUUGUGUGACUUAUAUCUAGCAAACUAUGAGUUCAUGUGAAAUUUUAGUUCUGAGAUUCCUACUGACUUAGUAAAAGAGGGAGUGCACAAAGCAGAAGAAGCCUGAUUUCUAUUCUCAGUUCUGUCACUAACUUUCUCCUUGGCCUUCAACUUUCUUUUUCCUUCUGUCAGUCACGUUGUUUUGCAAUUGAAGCCAGCAACAUUUUCCUUAUCCAAUAAGUCUGAAUAUUUGUAAGACAAACAGAGUUUAUAGUUAUAAUGCCCUUUAUAGAAAUAAAUAAAAAUACAUAGAUGAAUUGAUU